CAGAGCAAGUCAGAAUGUCAUCCCGGCACUCGAGUUGGGAUGCAUCAAUCCGUACUUGGUCACUUGAAGGAAAGCACGAAUCGAUUUGUCUGGCUGCGUGGAUCUCCCGGAACCGGGAAGACUGCAAUAUGCAUGAGUGUUACAUCCACUCUUGAAAGCCAGGGUACCCUGGCAGCAUCAUUUUUCUGGGAUAAGAACCAAGCGGGAACAGGCCUUGAUUCUAUUGACCAAUUCCCCUCUACCCUUGCACAUCAACUUGCAGCCUUCAACGAAGACUUCAAGAUAUCGCUUGUCAGACACCUUCGGCAACCAUCCCUGGCGAUGGCCCAACAUCUUCCCCUGAAAAAACAGAUGAGGGCUCUUAUUAUCGAACCUAUGCGUAACCUGAUGGAAGGACUGCUUGCGGGAGAACAUCGCUUCAUCAUCGUUUUGGAUGGCUUAGAUGAA